AUGGCCCGUGCUGGUUCAGCAGCGGGAGGCGCUGGAGGUGGCAACGCUGGUGGUGUAGAGGACAUCGACGAGGGCGAUGAAGCGGCCCCGUCACGGGCCGGAGAGGCAGGCGGAGACGAGCCAGGCGAAGAAGCCCCAUCAGGAGCCGGCAAGCAAGCCCGCGCUGGCGACGGAGAACGAGACCGCAAGCCGUGGUCGACGACCGGGGCUGAUGUGUCGGCCUGGGCGAGGUCGGCACCAGAAGCGGCACGAGAGGCCGACCCGGGCAAGCGGGGCGUGCCUGCAUGCGAGCGGGGCCCGGGCGUGCCGGCCGAGGCAUGCAGAGGCGGUGCCGUGCCAGGAGCGGCCUGCGUGCCUGCAUGCAAGCGGGGCCCUGGCAUGCCGUCCGAGGCAUGCAGAGGCGGUGGUGGUGAUGAAGCAGGGACGUCAAGCGGCGAGGUGGACAGCGCGGGAACCUGCACAGGAGAACUAACAACAACACCAGGUGCAUUAGCCGGUAACAAGGAUGACCAAGACGCCGAUGCCACUGCUGGGUAG